AUGGAUGCAAGAAGGAAGAAAAACGAAGGACUCACAGAAAACAUUGGCCUUCCUCUGAAUCUGCUUGAAAAGCACGAGCCUUGGCCAGCCUACGUCACAUAUACCUCCCCGAUGGUGAAAAGACUCAUGGAGAAGAGCAAAGCUAGAGAACUGGAGUGCAGGCAAGCCCUGGAGGAAAGCCAGUGGGCAGCGGGGCAGAGCAAGCCUCCCAGCGUCAUCCAACUCAAAAGGCGGAAGUCGUCCAAGUCUUCUGGCGAAGUUACAUUCAAGAACCCGCUGUCAGAGGCCUCGUUAUCCAUUUGGGGUGCCUACUCCAUGGUGACCAUGGCUUCCUCUGUUGUCCCAGAACCCACACAUUUCCACACAGAUGCCAGAGACGGUCCCACUGCAAACUGUAACAAGAUCGUCUUCUCCCGAAAACCCUCGAUGAGGAUGAUUCCAUACAGCUCUCUACUGGCCGGCAAGGAGAAACACUCGAGUAUGUAG